UGUUAUAUAUUGAUUAUGUAAAAGAAUGUCAUAAUGAUAAUGACUAUGAUUUCUGUAGAGAACUAGAGAAUUAUAAACAUAUAUAUGAAGAAAAGGUGAAAUAUAUAGGCAAAUGUGAUGGCUUAGAGAUAAUAUUGCCAUCAGCCUUAAAACAUGAUCUUCGUGAUAUUAUAAUGAUUUCUAUGAUCAUACUAACAAUGUUGCCCUUUCUUCUAUUUGUACUAUAUAAGGUUAAAUUAUUUGGUU